AUGACUGGCUAUGCUACUCCCCAUCAAAAGAUGGUGCAUUUUGUUUGUCAUGCGUGCUUUUGGUCAUCGCUUCCUGGUAAAGCUUCUAAGAUUACAAAUUUGUUUUCUAAACCGGUUUCACGCUGGAAUGAUGCUGCAUUUACUUUUAAACGCCAUGAUGAAGGAGAAGUGGGGCUGCAUGCCCAAACAAAUCCAAUUUUAUUUACCUUACAUGCUAAAAUGUCAGGGUCUGCGCAACCAAUAGAGCUGAACAAAUGUAAGCUGUCUUCUAUUGCUGAUUGCAUUCUUUUUUGUGGUCGUUUAGGUUUGCGUGGCCACCGUGAUGAUGCUAAAUAUCAUCCAGAGGUUGGUCAGUAUUCUACCGGGGGUGUUGGAAAUUUUGUGGAGACACUAAAUUUUAAAGUUCGUUCAGGGGAUGGUGUUUUAAGGGAUCACUUAACAUCUUGUGGGAAAAAUAGAAGUUACAUCUCUAAGACCAGCCAGAAUAAAAUGAUCAAGUGCUUUGGAGAGGUUAUUACUGAACAGAUUGUCAACGACAUUAAGGUUAAUAGGUUCUUUUCUAUUAUAGCUGAUGAGGCUGCAGAUUCUUCCCAUAGAGAGCAAAUGGCUCUAAUUUUACGUUUUAUUGAUAAGAAUAUGGACAUAAGAGAGGAGUUCAUUGCCUUUCUUCAAUGUAAGUGGGAAUUGAGUGGAGAGAACCUUGCUAAAUUAAUUCUAGAUAAACUUAAAGACCUUGGCUUGCCAAUUGAAGACUAUCGCCGACAAGGUUAUGAUGGUGCGGGUGCUGUUGCAGGUUGUGUUAAAGGUUUGGCUGCCCAAAUUUUGAAGCUCAACUCGAAAGCAUUAUAUACCCACUGUUAUAGUCAUAGGCUUAAUUUGUCAGUUUGUGAUUCUUUGUCAGAUAUUGAGGUUAAGAAAGUACUUAACAAAAUAAAAGAUGUGACAAAUUUUAUCAAUAUUUCUCAAACACGCAAUAUACCGUUUGAGGAGACUGUACGCAAUAGUUUAGAAACGGACUCAAAAAAGACUAGAUUGCCAGAUGUUUGUAGAACCAGAUGGGUAGAACGAGUUAAAGGUUUAGACACUUUCGAAGAAUUGUUUGUUCAAAUUUUUGACACACUGGAUAACAUGGCAAAAGGUGGCAGUCCCUCUCUCGCUGCUGAUGCAUCCUCUUUGCUUGAAGGUCUUUCUGAGUUUCAUUUUAUCGCCCUCUUGGUUAUUACCAGAAAUGUUUUUGAUCUAACGCUUCCUGUUACUCAGCUUUUGCAAGGAAAGAGUAUUGAUGUUAUGGACGGGAUUGAGUUGAUCUCUUCUUUGAAAAGCAGUGUUGCACAUGUGAGGAAUUCUAUUGAUUCAUAUCAUGAUCAAUGGACAAUUGGAAGGCAAACUACAAGGCCUAACGCUCCUUAUCGUUCUAUCUCGGAGUAUUACAAACGAAUCUAUACGAUUCCUUUAAUUGACCAUCUUCUCUCGUCUUUGGAUGCGCGAUUUGACACGGAAAGUGUAAAUGUUUAUCAAGGACUAAGUAUUGUUCCAACAAAAAUGUUUUCUCUUAUAAAAAAUGGGAUUGACUGGAGACAUAAAUUUAAGAUUGUUUCAAAAUUUUAUGUUGCUGAUUUACCCAAUCAGUUAGGUUUAGAUGCAGAGUUGUUAUUAUGGCAAUCCUUCUUGGAACAUCGUAAAGGUCCUUAUCCAUGUAAUGUAGGAACACUAGAGGAAAAGGGAUCGUGGAAAAAAUCAGAGAAAUGGGGCAUCAGAAUAAAUGCCGAAGAAGAUGGCGGUGGCAGAUUGCGUAAGACGACAAAGCAGCAACGCUUUGAAAGGGCUUGGCCGUGA